UCCUCUAUAAAUUGCUUGAGCUGAACGCGCUGGUGACAUUUGAUUUGUGAUCUGCUCUUUGACGAUCUGUUUACUGCACGGAGCCCCACGGACGACAGACAUGAGGAACAUCGGGUGGAGUAUUUUGGUUUUAUCGUUUGCCUUACUUGAUUCAGCUCACUUACAGAAGGACUGUUCGGCUCCACGGGAGUACCCGUACGCCAGACUAAGGGGACCGCCGGAGAAAUACGGCAGCACAUGGACGUUCAGCAGCGGGAAGAAGGUGUAUUAUGACUGCGGCGAGGACUUUGCUCCAUCCAGAGGGAGCCCAUCUGUGCAGUGUGUUGAUGGAGAAUGGACCAGACUGACCCUAAAAUGCGAAAAGAGAUAUUGUGGCAAUGCCGGUGAGCUACGCAAUGGAGAGUUCUAUUAUGAAGGCAAUUCAUUCGUCGGGGAGAAAGUUUAUGCUGUAUGCAAUGCGGGAUACACUGUGAAAGGACUCGACUACAUGCUCUGCAAGAAGUCUGGCUGGACUGGUGACUUCCCUUCCUGUGAAGAAAUCUCAGAGGUAGAGCCCACCUGCUCCACCCCACCUGCAGUGGCCAACUCUGUGAGCAGUGCUGGAGGGCUUUCUGUAUACUGGGUGGGAGAAUACGUGAGCUUCGCCUGCAGUCAGGGUUUCCAGCUGGAGGGACCUCAGCGGGUCACUUGUGGUCCUGGUGGCGUGUGGCAGCCUAAACCCCCUCAGUGCCUGCCUAAAACUGGGUCACCCGGUGUAAAAAGGGGAUGCGGUGUGCCAGUAAGCAGGCACAACUCCAAGGCCAGCCUCGCUGACAAGUACAUCCAAAGGCCAUCUUUCGCUUCUGGUGAAAGAGUCCAUUACGUGUGUGCGGUUGGAUACAUUCAAGCAGGCGGCAGCAGAUAUCGCACGUGUAUCGAGGGAAAGUGGACCCAACUGCAGCUGAAAUGUGACCGAAAGUCUUGUGGCUCUGCAGGAGAGAUUACAAACGGACAGUUUAUCUAUACUGGAAUAGAGUUUGGAGACACUGCUACAGCGGUCUGUGAUGAGGGGUAUAAUCUUGUAGGACGGGCAACCAGAAACUGCAUGAGCAAAGGCUGGGAUGGACGUGUUCCUGCCUGUGAAGCUGUGGUGUGUGCGGAGCCUCCAAGAGGGACAAAUGCAGAGAUCAGCAGCCCUCAGGAGCCACCUUACACAUACAGGAGUGUGAUUCGCUAUCGUUGUCGUGUGGGAACCCUUAUUGGACAAAGGCACAUUUCAUGCACAGAGAAUGGGACAUGGAGUGAUCCUGCACCUACAUGCAAAGAAAUAACAUGUCCAUCUCCAAAUGUGCCCAACGCCUACUGGAUGGGAGCUCAGGCCAAGCUGUACAAAGACAGGGACACUAUAUCCAUCGAGUGUAACCCAGGCUUUACAAAGUUCGGCCCGAGCACGGUUACCUGUGGUGGUGAUGGCCAAUGGUUCCCUGGCCUCCCCAAAUGUACACCUCGUCGCAACGACUGGUGGACCUAGUAAGCUAGUUGAAAUGUAAAACUACAAUGUUCAACCUAAAACUGCAGUCACUGGAGGAUGAAAAUAGUCUGAAGUCUUCCUUUCUACAAUAAAUAUUUAUCCUAUAUACCACCUUUA